UGCCUUCAUGCCUCUCUCCUCCUCCGCCUUUCCUUCUUCUUCAUAUUCCUCUGUGGUGGCUCGAUCCCCUCGCUGAGCACUCGCCGAUUCCUCAGAUUAUGACUUUUUUUAACGAUGUGAGCCACUAGCAUCCCUCCCUUCCCUAAACUCGUUCUGCUCCUGCCUCUCCUUGUUUUGCUUCUCACACAUCGCUGGAGGAGACUCUCCUCACCAUCCACGAUGAUGUGGAGCUAACUACCAGGUGGAAAGUGUUAACAAGGAGCUUUUUUUUCUGAUUCCUGUCGGGAACUGAAAGGUUGGAACGUACUGACAUUGAGUUGGAUUCAGAGUGGAAUAUUGUUUUAACAUAAAUUAUCCUUUUAAAGACGUCUAUGGGAGUUGAAGAUGUAGGGGGGGUACUGCUCUUGGAGGAUGGACGCUGUACUAUGAGACAAGGAGCUGCAGAGAGUAUCUACACAACUGCUGUUCAGAAUAACCAUGGCACCGUGUCGGUAAUCUUCACCUGCUCAGUUUUAGUCCAGCUCCUCCAGUGUUUUUAGCAGAGACAUUUCUUCUUCUCCCGUCAUAAACAACCCCCAGCAAUGGAUCGCCUGUGUCCAGGUGAAGGCGUGAGCUGGACACAGGCCCUGGUCGGCAAACUGUAGCCCUCCUGGAUUUUAUUCAGCAACUGUCCCCGUAAUCUUACUGUGGAGUUAUUCUGCAUUUUGGACCAGGAAUGGAUGUACCAGAGUCCAACAAGCAUGGCAAGAAGUCCACAUGUCAAAAACUCGAAGACCAGAAAAAGAUCUACACUGACUGGGCCAAUCACUACCUGGCCAAGUCUGGGUGUCCACGCCUCAUCAAAGACCUGAGCCAGGAUGUCACCGAUGGAGUCUUGCUGGCUCAGAUCAUCCAGAUCAUAGCCAAUGAGAAGGUGGAGGACAUCAAUGGCAGCCCCAGGAGCCAGUCGCAAAUGAUCGAAAAUGUGGACGCUUGUCUCAGUUUCCUGGACGCCAGAGGAGUGAAUGUCCAAGGGCUCUCAGCAGAAGAGAUCAGAAAUGGCAACCUAAAGAGCAUCCUUGGCCUCUUCUUCAUCCUUUCACGCUACAAGCAGCAGCAGCAGCAACAGCAGCAGUACUAUCAGUCAUUGGUGGAGCUCAGCCAGCAGCCCAGCAGUACCGCACCAUCCACCAGCAGCCUCAAAACACAAGAUAUGCAGUCCAGUCUUACAGCACGAUAUGCAAGUCCUCCAGGCCACAGUGGAAUAGGAUCACCACAGAAGAAAAACACAAGGUUACCAGGGCCGUCCAGAGUACCCGCUGCAGGCGGCGGGGCAUCCAGAAGCCCAGGCUCAUCCAACCUCAACCGCCGGAGUCAGAGCUUCAACAGCAUCGACAAGAGCAAGCCUCUCCAGUAUGCAAGCGGCAACGAUAGAGAAUCGGUGAGGGGCCUCCCUGUACCCAGUGGGAUGAAUGGGAGUGGGAUGGGUGGAAUGGUUCCCACCAGUCUCAGUGGGCAGCAGCUGGCCUCUGCCAUCCCCUCACCCACCUCUGGGAAGUCCUGGCGCAGCAAGUCAAUGAACCUCAAGCACAGCGCCACUUCCUCCAUGCUGGCAAGCCCCACCCAUUCACCUUCCACCACCCCUUCACCCCAGGCCCUGGAAGGUUUUCACGAGGCCUCCAAAGUUGGGUUAGGAGCUGCACCUCCACAGAGGUCAAUGUUGGAGAAGUUCCGACUCAUUAACCCUCGAUCAGCCUCAAGAGCGUCACCAUCCAUGGCGGAAAUGACGCUGCAGGAGGAGGAUGACCUUUCGGAGUACGGGGACGAUGGACAGACCCCGACAGGGUCAUUGUGCAGCAGUGGCAGUAGCAGUGCUACCGCCAAACAGAGCUCAACAAAGACGCCAGCGUCAUCCGUUUCUGCACCUAGCAAAACCUCUUCUUCAUCCUCAUCAAAAACCUCUGCCAGUGGCAGCAGGUCCUUGGCCCCAUGCAAAGACAAGGAGGAUAAAAACAAGUCUGUGAAAUCUUCAAAAGACAGCUCUCCACCAAAAGAGGAGCGUGAGAAUUCAGCCGACUCCACUAAGAAAUCCUCCAAAAUAGCCAGCCUCAUCCCAAAGGGAGGAAAGUCAUCGUCAGGAAAGAAAGAUGGCGGCACUUCCUCUGCUGCCAGCGGCAUCCCAAAACCAGGGCUUAAAGCUCCGUCCACAACAUCAGGCAAACCUCAGAGUCAGUCCCAGAACCAAGCUGCCUUAAACAGCAGCGGCAACAUGAGGACAGGUGAAGGAGAGCGAGCCAAGCUGACCAAAGGAGGACAAGGUGGGAGUUUUUACAUACAGCGCUCCUCUGGCGGUACGGAGGGGAAACGGACUAGUAUGACCUCGUCUACCAGUACCUCAGCCCUAUCUGGAACCAGUGGGAUGCUUGUAGGAGGAGGAGGUGGGGCACCGGGAGGAAACGGAGUGGUUCUACUUCCACAGCAGCAGCAACACAACCACCCCAAUACGGCCACGGUGGCGCCCUUCAUGUACAGGACGUUCUCAGAAAACGAUUGCACCACGGUGGCCCCAGCCGACCCCUGUCUCAGCCCCACCAAGGGAGAGCUGGUCUACAGCAAGACAGCCAAACAGUGCCUGGAGGAGAUAUCAGCAGGAGAGGAUCCUGAGACGAGGCGUAUGAGGACGGUAAAGAACAUCGCUGACCUGCGGCAGAACCUGGAGGAGACCAUGUCCAGUCUGCGGGGGACACAGAUCAGCCACAGUACAUUGGAAACAACCUUUGACACGACGGUGACGACUGAGGUGAACGGGCGGAGUCUCCCCGCCCUUGCUGCUCGUUCCUCCCCCAUGGCCUGGCGCCUUGGCCAAACCCAGACCCCACGUCUCCAGGCAGGAGAAGCCCCCUCAAUGCCAAGCGGGUAUUCUGCGCCCAGAUCCAGCACAGCGGGCGCUACCGCCAACACAGGCCGUUACAGCGGGCACUCUGACCCCUCCAGAUACCUAACCGACAGUGGCCUCCACCUGUAUGCUAGGAAUACAGGUCGAUCCUCAGAUGUGGCUUCACCCCGAGAGAACACGCAAAGAGGAAGCAAAGAGAUGCAGGGAGACAUUGACAGUUGGGAUGACAGCAGCUCAGUGAGCAGCGGCCUCAGCGACACAUUGGACAACUUCAGCACCGAUGAUCUGAACACCCCGACGUACUCCGCUGCCAGCUCGUCGCGCAAAAGCAAGGGAGCACAGUCCCAGAAAGAAAGCAGGUCCAAGCAUGCCCAGCCGGAGGUGAGCAGCAGUUGGGUUGGCGCCGAAGACUUGAAAAAAGUGGACGAGGAGUUGGACCCGAGCAUGGACCCUAACGGUAGCCCCUCCCGCUGGAAGCCUUCCUCAUCCGCCUGUUCCCCCCAAAGCCAGGGUCAGUAUGAGGACACCGGCCAGAAGGCAGCUGGGCUUGCCCAGAUGUCCCAGACGGGCUCAUGGCGGAGGGGCAUGACAGCCCAGGUGGGGAUCACACCACCCAGGACCAAGGGGAGUUCUGCUGCACUCAAAUCACCAGGUAAAACUGACGAUGCCAAGGCCUCAGAAAAGGGCAAGGUCCCUUCCAAAAGCCCCACAGGGAUACAGCGCUCACCAUCAGAUGCUGGGAGAAGUAGUGGGGAUGAAGGCAAGAAACCUCCCUCUGGUAUUGCUCGCCCACCUGCCACCAGUUCAUUUGGAUACAAAAAGAUCCCUGGUCCUGCUGGCACGCUAAUUACCUCUAGCGGCGCAGCCCUCACGGGUGGCUCAGCCACCCUGGGCAAGGCCCCAAAGUCUUCAUCUGGCCUCGGCAAAGGCACAAGCAUCGGCGGGGGCCGUAAAACCAGCCUAGACGGCUCGCAGCCCCAGGAUGACGGGGUCCUCCUCAGCUGCAGCAGCUCCAAAGUCACCCUGCAGUACCGCUCCCUCCCAAGGCCGGCCAAAUCCUCUAGUGGGGCGGCAGCAGGGCGCUGCGGGCACCGCUCCAGCUCCAGCAGCAUUGAAUCAAAUGUCAGCGGGAAGUCCGCAGGCGGAGCAGCAACACAAGCGGGUGCCAAACGGAGGGAGGGAAAGGUUAGCUCGGACCGCUCCAGUCCCAUCACCAUCAACCAGACGGAUAAAGAAAAAGUGGGGGUGUCUGAACAAGACCAGGCAGGCCUGUCCACCUCUCCCAAAUCCAGCCCUACCUCUGGUUCAGCAGGCCAGACAGGCCUCAGGCAGCCAGGAUCUAAAUACCCAGACAUCGCUUCGCCUACCUUCCGCAGAUUGUUUGGCACAAAAGCCAGCAGCAAGGCAAGUUCUCCGGGUACGCCCGACUCUGGCAAGUGCCCGUCAAUCCUGGGCAGCCCCCACGGCACGCUGGCCAGACAGCCCAGCUUGGACUCGCCUUCUUCUGGCACUGGAAGCUUGUGCAGCACUGGUGGCCUAAGCGGUGGCAGCAGCCCGCUGUAUGGUAAAACCCCUGACCUUUGCACUGACUCCCUGGCUUCAAGCCCGGCCUCUGGCCUUUCCCUUCCCUCCAACGCUCGUCCCUGGCCUGCCUGUAGCUCAUCAGCUGGCAGCAAGGACACCCUGAGUUGCCAGAGUAUGACAAGUCUGCACACCAGCUCUGAGUCCAUUGACAUGCCGCUGGGCCAUCAUGGGCCAAAGGUUACCCGUACUGGCAGUAUCAAGUCCACCCUGUCCGAGGGCAUGCCCCUUGACAGAAACACGCUCCCCAAAAAGGGACUGAGGUACCCACCUUCAUCUAGGCAAACAUCCCAUGAAGACGGAAAGGAGUGGCUGAGGUCGCAUUCAACAGGAGGCCUUCAGGACAACGGGAGCCAGUCAGCGCUUUCUCCUCCAGGAGCUGCUUGCGUCAACACUGGAAAAUACCACUACUCCAACCUCCUGAGCCCAACCAACAUCAACCAGUAUAACCUGCCACCAGGCAACAGCAACAGCAGUAGCAUGAGCCGCUCAAACAGCAUCCCUGCUCAGGACUCCUUUGACCUGUACGGUGAGGGUCACCCACUAGGGGGCAGCGCCAUCUCCCUGGAGGAUCGACCCCGGGCCAUCAGCCGCUCCGGCUCCUUCCGAGACAGCACUGAUGAAGUUCACGGCUCAUCCUUGUCUCUGGUCUCCAGCACAUCAUCACUUUAUUCUGCGACUGAGGAGAAAGCUCACUCUGAGGGCCAAACAGUCCAAAAUUCCACGCAAAUCAGGAAGCUGCGGCGGGAGCUGGACGCCUCUCAGGAGAAGGUGGCGACCCUCACGUCUCAGCUGACUGCCAACGCUCACCUUGUGGCAGCCUUUGAGAAGAGCCUCAGCAACAUGACCUGCCGCCUACAGAGCCUCACCAUGACUGCCGAGCAAAAGGAGUCCGAGUUAGCAGAGUUGAGAGAAACCAUAGAGAUGCUGAAGACCCAGAACACAGACGCUCAAACUGCGAUCCAGGUGGCGCUGAACGGACCGGACCACCUGCAUAAAGACCUUCGGAUUAGACGGCAGCACUCGUCAGAAAGCAUGUCCAGCAUCAACAGCGCUGCCAGUCAUGCCAGCAUGGGCAGCUUGGGCAAGGAUGCCGAGGAUAAAAAGAAAAAGAAGAAGAGCUGGGUGGCUGAUUCCAUCCCAGCUCAGUUGCGCAGCUCCUUCAAGCAGGCGUUCAGCAAGAAGAAAACCAAAUCCCAGUCGGCCCACGACGAGAUGGAGGAGAUGACCGACUCAGUACCUUCCUCGCCCAAACUGCAGCAUGACAACAGACAGGGUAGCGUUGCCACGCUGCGCUCCUCCCCCUCCACCACCGACGAUUGCAAUUGCGACAGCAAGUCCUCCACACUAUGGACGGCAAAGAAAAAGCAUAACGGUCAUGUGGUCUACAAACACAGAUCUCGGCUGUGCGAAUGCACCGAAGCCGAGGCUGAAAUCAUCCUGCAGCUGAAGAACGAGCUCAGAGAGAAGGAGCUCAAGCUGACAGACAUCCGCCUGGAGGCGCUCAGCUCUGCUCACCACCUGGACCAGAUCCGAGAGGCCAUGAACCGCAUGCAGAAUGAGAUCGAGGCGCUGAAAGCAGAGAACGAUCGCCUCAAGUCGAGCGGGAACGCCACACCCACGAUGACUCCUGUCAAGAUGGCCCGGCCGCCCUCAGAGGCCUCCAGCACCUCCUCAUCCUCGUCACGGCAGUCGCUCGGACUGUCGCUCAAUAACCUCAACAUCACCGACUCCAUCAUGUCUGAUAUCCUACUGGACGAUGGCUACGAGGGAAACCUCCGCAAGGAAAGUCGCAGUGUGAGGAUCAUGGUUAGCAUCAGCAAUGCACCAAAAAGCACCAAGGGUCCACAAAGCCAUGAGUACCUGAUUGGCUCUAUAGGCGUCAGCGGUAAGACCAAGUGGGAUGUCCUGGAUGGGGUCAUUCGACGUCUCUUUAAGGAGUAUGUGUUCCGGGUCGAUCCUGGGAUCAGCCUGGGUCUUAGCUCUGACAGCAUUGUGGGCUACAGGAUGGGGGAUGUGAUUCGCUGCCACGCGUCUGAAGUGCCUGAGCUGUUGCCCUGUGGAUACCUGGUGGGCGACAACAACCUAAUCAAGGUCAACCUCAAAGGUGUGAAGGAGAACAGCAUAGACAGCCUUGUGUUUGACACUCUCAUUCCAAAGCCUAUAAUCCAGAGGUACCUCAACCUGUUGAUGGAGCAUCGGCGGAUCAUCCUCUCAGGACCCAGCGGCACAGGAAAAUCCUUCCUGGCUGCCAAGCUGGCUGAGUACAUCAUUACGCAGAUGGGCCAGGAGGUGACAGAGCACAACGUGGCCAGCUUUAAUGUGGACCAGAACUCAAGCAAGGACCUCCGUCGGUACCUGUCCAACCUAGCAGAGCGGUGUAACUCUGAGCGGACAGACGCAGAGCUGCCCACUGUGGUCAUCCUGGACAACCUCCACCACAUCGGCUCUCUCAGCGACAUAUUCAACGGCUUCCUCAACUGCAAGUACCAUAAAUGCCCUUAUGUCAUCGGGACCAUGAGCCAAGGGGUCUCCUCCUCUCCAAACCUGGAGCUUCAUCACAACUUCAGGUGGGUUCUGUGCACCAACCACACGGAGCCAGUCAAAGGUUUCCUGGGUCGCUUCCUGCGACGGAAGCUCAUUGAGACGGAGCUAGAUAAGAACACGCGCAGCAACGACCUGAUCAAAAUCAUCGACUGGAUCCCCAAAACCUGGCAGCACCUCAACGGCUUCCUGGAGGCGCACAGCUCCUCUGAUGUCACCAUAGGGCCUCGUCUCUUCCUGUCUUGUCCCAUGGAUGUAGAAGGUUCUCGGGUUUGGUUCACUGACUUGUGGAACUACUCCCUGGUACCAUACCUGCUAGAGGCUGUCAGAGAAGGAUUACAGCUGUAUGGGAAGCGAGCAGUGUGGGAGGAUCCGUCCAAGUGGGUGAAUGACACAUAUCCGUGGAACGCCGCUGCUCUGCAACAGGAAGGCCAGUCGCUGCUCCAGCUGAGGCCAGAGGAUGUGGGAUAUGACGGCUACAGCUCGUCCAAGGAGGGGACGUCGUCCAAGCAGGUGUCUCAGAGCGACACAGAGGGAGACCCGCUGAUGAACAUGCUGCUGCGGCUGCAGGAAGCGGCAAACUACUCCAGCACCCAGAGCUGUGACAGCGACAGCACCAGUCACCAUGACGACCAGCUGGACUCCUCCUUGGAGUCGGCUCUAUGAGCCCAUGACACAUGAUGGCAGACCUGGAUCCCUCUCCACCUCUAAACCCUGGAGAACCUUUGAACCCCAAAGACUAACAAACCCCGACCACCUUCUCACCCCUCCCCCACAAUACGUCAACCUUCCCUUCCUGCGAGAGCAAGUGUGCAACCUGUUCAGAUUGCUAGUCCAUCACAGAACCCGCACUCUAGAGAUAUAUAAUAUAUGGAAAGUUUUAAUACCCAAAAUGUUCGCUCAAAUUGAAAGAAAAGGCCUAUAUUUUGAUGGUGCAAUAUAAACCAGAAUGUUUUUUUUUAUGUUUUCAGAACCUUACUUUAAUCCAAAAGCACUGUCCUCCUCUUUUUUUUGGACAUUUUAUAAAACAGUUCUUAUGCGUUCCUGAAGUGAAAUAUCAGUAGCUCUGGUGUGUUUUUUUUCUAAGACACAUUUCCUUUGGUUUACUUAUAGAGGAAAAUGUCCAAAGUGUUACGAAAAUAACUAAAAAAACUGGAUUUUUCUUUUUACCCAGUUAAAUCCACGUAUGUUUACAUUAUUAGGGCUGUUUCUUUGUUACAGAGGUGCUUCUUACAGACACGCACAUACAUACACACAGAGGAAGCAGAGAGGAAAUCAUCUUUUGAUCAAAGCAUUGUUUCCAUUCAGUCUCUUGGUUGAUCACUGUCAAACAUGCCAGAGUCUCUUUUUCUUUAAUGUUUAAGGAGAUCUUUGGUUUAAAAGGGAGGCAUAAAGGGCAGGUGCAGUGAUUCCUGGGACUUCAAACACCUGAUAACGUCUGGUGAUUUGCACAAAAAUACUUUAUAUAUUUUAUUCUCCUAUUAUUUUUGGCACCAUAUGGGAGAAUUCUGGGGCUUUACAAUUCAAAUAGGAUCAGAAUUUGCCUACAUUAUAUAUAAUAAUAAUAAUAAUUAAUAUUUAUUAAAGACCAGGAGCUGGCCCAGGGAUGUAUGGAGAAUAAUUUUAUUUUAUUUUUUGGGGUCCACUUCCUGUUAAACUCAGUUCCCAGUAGCCACCACAGCAGAUCUAAUGUCUAUUUUAUAUUUUCAACCUUUAAAUCCUUUUUAGUUCCCUAUUGCAUAGAAUAUAUUCAUUACCAGGAGGCUAACUAGGUGAUAUUAGUAGGACGGUUACUGCCUGCAAAUCCUAUCUUAUAAAAUAUAUUUUUAAAACAGCAUAACAUGAACAAAAGGGAUGAUGGAUCCUCGGUUAGUUUUUCCACACUGUGAAGUUCCAAGUUCUAAGCAGCCACAUUUCUUUUUUUUUCUUAUCCAAGGCAUAGGGUAUUAGCCUUGUUUCAGUCAGCUGACUGUCCGUGUGCAGGAGUAGCUUGGGCAGGGUGCAGCACCAGCUCAUUAAAAAGACAUUAACUCAUAAGAACAGGUUUUUAUUUUAACAUUUUAGAGGAUUUAGGACCAUUAACAUUUAUUAACAGCUCAUCAUUCAGCUCUGGGUUAGAGGCAAAGUUGACUUUGGUUACUUUUUUAAAUG